AUGAAGUUCAGUGCAGCAUUUGUUGGUCUUGUCGGCCUUGCUGUUGCUUCACCUUAUACGGAGCAUGACACCUCCAAUGGUCUCGUCGCACGAGGGGGAAAGUGUGAUAUUCCACACAAGUACUUGAACUAUCCAUCUGCACCCAAGCCCAAGAAGUAUUAUGGCUACGGUCGUACCAUUCAUGUCAAGGCCGGCCAGAAGAUCCAGCAUGCCAUCAAGAAUGCAUCACCCGGUGACCGCAUCGUGGUAGCAAAAGGUGAUUAUUCUGAGCAACUUGUCAUCGACAAAGAUGGCAUUCAGCUCGAGGGCCAUGGUGCUAUCCUCAAAUCACCAGACCCAAAAGAUCUCAAGAAGAAUGCCUGCACCGGCUUGACUCAGGAUCCGCAGAAAAACAAGCUACAGACUGGUAUCUGCAUCACCGGGUACAAGGUCGAAACAGACGAGUUUAUUACCGAGCACAAGAAAGUCCGAUCUGUAGGAAGGCCCGUCAAGGGUGUGUCUGUCACCGGCUUCACCGUCCAGGGAUUCUCUGGCAUCAACAUUGCCGUUCUCGGAGCCAAGAACACUUACAUCUCGAACAACAAACUCAUUGAUGGCGGAGCAUAUGGCGGCCUGACACUUGGUUCAAUCAACACGGUCUUUUAUGACAACGUUGUCACGACCACUAAGGGUGGUUACAUCGCCAUCUGUAUGGACAACAAGUCAGAUGUCUUUGCCAAGAAGAAUGAAAUCUCGAACCAUGCUAUUGGUCUCUGUGUUCAGACCAACGGUGCAGUGAUGGAGUACAACAAGCUCACGAGCAACUGCUUCGGUAUCUUUGCCGAUCCUGGUGUGAAGGAAGCCAGGAUUGCCCAUAACUAUAUCGGUCCAACCCCUGCUGCCUGCCUUAAGAACUCUGCGGGCAUUGUUCUCGGAAGUUCCAUUGGGGUUCUAGUUACCGACAACACCAUCGAGGGCCAGAAAGCCAGUGAUGGAUCAGGAGCAGGCAUUCGCAUUUACGAUGAUCCCUGUGUUGCUACAGCAGAAAUGCCUCUGUCUCUUGCUUGUAUUGUCCUCGGAAAGGCAAUCAAGGCCAGAGAUAACGUGGUUGUCCAAAAUACUCUCAACAACAAUGAUAGUGACAUUCAGAAUUUGAGCAAGGGCAGCGGAAACAUCAUCAAGUGUAACACUUGCAAGAAUGAGGCAAACAUCAAAGCUGGUCAGUGCAAGAAGCCCUAA